GAGAGACUCAGCCCAGAGGCUGCAUCACUACUUGCCGAUGCAACUUAGAUCCAGUACGCAUCUUCACUCAUAUGGUAACUCAAGGGAAUCACAGCAAAGAUGGAAGAUAUAGAUGAGAUGUUCAGCAAUUUGUUGGGUGAAAUAGACCUCCUAACACAGAGUUUAGGGGUGGAAACAGUACCCCCCGAAGUUUCAUCCAGCUCACACAAUGACCUCAGCUUCUCCGUUGGUUUUACAGAUUUCAACGCAUCUCUGAAUGAGCUGGAAGACCAGGAUUUGGAUGCUUUAAUGGCUGACCUGGCAGCAGAUCUGAAUGUGACAGAAGAGAACCUAACCACAUACAAAAGCGCUCCCUCACCGCCCAAACAAGACUUUGCCAGUCUGCUGCCACCCCCACCUCCGCAAGACAACAUCCCGUGUGCACCCACCGGCAACCAGUUAACUGCGCCCUCCCUGACUGUGUCACCCACACCUGCUCCCCCUCCCCAGCCCUCAAAGCCACUGCCACCGCAAGGGAUUGAAGAGCAGGACAAAGCUGAUAAAAUUAAACUUGCCCUGGAAAAACUGAAACAGGCCAAAAUUAAAAAGAUGGUGAUUAAAGUGCUGCUGAACGACGGCAGCUCUAAGACCCUGAUGGUGGACGAGAGCCAGGUGGUGCGAGACGUUCUGGACAGCCUGUUUGAGAAGACGCACUGCGACCGCGGGGUGGACUGGAGCCUGUGUGAAUCCAACCCGGAGCUUCAGACAGAAAGAGGAUUUGAAGAUCAUGAGUUUUUACUGGAUAUUUUGUCGGCAUGGACACGAGACAGUGAAAACAAAAUACAUUUUCUGGAGAAAAAUGAUAAAUAUGCCCUUUUCAAGAAACCUCAGAAUUACUAUCUUUGGAAGAAAGAUAAAAAUUAUCUGAAUGACAUGAAGGAAAAAGCCAAGGAAGCUCUCUUGGAAGAGAACUUGAGUAGGGGCUCUGUCAUUGUACCAGACAUUGAGGGGACCCUUUAUCUGAAGGAGGAUGGGAAACGGUCCUGGAAGCAGAAAUACUUCCUUCUGCGAGCCUCAGGAAUCUAUUACGUACCCAAAGGAAAGACUAAGACAUCGAGUGAUCUGUCAUGCUUCAUACAGUUUGAGAAUGUGAAUGUGUACUAUGCCAACGGCGCAGAGUACAAAAAUAAACACAAGGUCCCCACAGAGUUUUGUUUCGUCCUCAAGCACCCACAGAUCCAGAAGGAUUCCCAAUACAUCAAACACCUGUGCUGUGAUGAUGAGCGAACCAUGAACCUGUGGGUGACUGGAAUCAGAAUUGCGAAGUACGGCGAGAAACUGUAUGAAAACUACAAGACUGCUGUGAGGAAAGCCUGUGUAAACUCAGCGUGGACAAACCGCAAUGUCUCCACCCCCUCAACACCUUCCCCCACCCCAAAAGCCAAAGCUGCCAAUGGACAUGCCCCCCCGGUCCUGGACCAGCCCAAAACCCUCAACACUGAGGCCAAGGAUUAUGGCAGCGGUGAGGUAGAACUCUCCUUUCCUCCACCCCCUGCAGAGAGGACUGAAUCCCCCACAGUGCCUCAACUGUCCUUUCCACCACCACCACCCCCACCGGCAUCACCCUCCCUGCCCCCCAAGGCUCUGCCACCCUUACCCCGGCACCAGCCAGCUGCCCCACCUCCGCCAGACCCAGAAGACUUCCCACCUCCUCCACCUGACUUCUUCCCAGAGCCACCCCCAGACUUCCUUCCCCCUCCACCUCCUGUUCACAAGCUGAGCCUGCCCCCUAAACCACCAGUCCCAGGGACAUCAGCAAGUCCUGUCCAAGACAGGAAGAAGAAACCCCCGGCUCCCCCAAAGAGGACAACUCCAGUUGCAACAGCGCCCUCUGGUGGAAACAUGAUGUCAGAACUUGCGGCUGCAAUGCAGAAAAGACAGAGUACUAUUCAGCCCUAACUAGUAUUCAGCUUGCUUUUCCAACAUAUUUGUGUCAUUUUUCAAGUCUCUGCAGUCUGUGGCAAACUGCGCCAAGAAUAGGUAGUUCAUUACGGGAAAUGGUGAGAUCUGUUGAAAUGCAUUACUUUUUUUAAAUGAAAAAAAUAUCCCUUGCCACAGUUGCUUUUAGCAGUUCCUCAUAUAGUGGUUCUGCUAUUGUACCGAUGGAGGUAAUAUUUUCCAUUCUACAAAUUAUUUGCAAGGCCCACAACCAGUGUUUUACUUUUUUCAGCAAGAUUGUAGUUAAUUAGCUAUAUACUGAGUAUUUGGCAUUCAUUGAAUGAAAAUAAUAAUAAUAAUAAUUGCACUUACGAUGACUAUAUGUUUAGAACAACACUUCAUGUGUAUUUUACUAGUUAUGAAUGUGAUGCUUUAACUUGUGGAAGAACCUAUGCACUUGUAAGUCGCUUUGGAUUAAUAGCGUCUGCUAAAUGACAAAAAUGUAAAAUGUAAAUGAUAAUCUUUUGUAUCUGAUGAAAAUCAGUUGACGCAUUGCUGGUUUUUAAUGAGGAAAAUGCCUUCAUGUUUUAUUGUACAUUCUUCUGAUGUAACAGUUAUUUAAAGCAAAUAAAAUUCAAACACAAUGGA